AUGGGCGACAUCAAUGUGGACCUCCAGACGUCCAUGACGAUGGCCGCUUUCAUUGGCAUCUCAUGGUACAUUGGAAUUGAGGUCAAUCUGUCGCUGCUCCUCUUAUUCAAGAGACGUCGAGGAUUGUACUUUUGGUCGUGCGCGCUCACGUCGUGGGGCGUGAUUCUGCAGCCAAUAUUCAUCAUCCUCGCCGACUAUGGCAUAUGGAGAGACCCAAUACCAUCAAUCACCAUGAUCUACCUGACAUGGUUGAUCAUGGUUGUUCCCCAAGGUUGGGUGCUAUACUCGAGGCUUCACCUACUUUUGCGCGAGGCCAAGGUACUACGAGCCAUUCGGCUGGUGCUUAUCUUUAACUCGGUCGCGUUCUCGAUACCGACAAUCGUCAUUGGCAUUCUCGCUCAAUCUACAACGGUCAAUGAGUCACUAGUCUCAUUCAACAUUGUCUGGGACAGAGUCCAACUAGUGGUAUUUUUCGUACAAGAGACGGCGCUGAGCAUCCUGUACAUUUACCAAACGCGCAAGUAUCUUCACGACGCAGCUCCUCUCCUCGAGCGUUCUUGGUCCGUACCCUCUCGUGGCACCCAGGAAACCCAGAACAAUGAGCAGAAGAGCUUGCUGCGGCAGCUCAUUUGGACCAACAUUCUCAUUAUUGCGCUCGAUAUCAGCCUCCUGGGAAUACAAUGCGCCGAUCUAUUCUAUGUCCAGGGCGCCUUCAAGCCGUGCGUCUACGGAAUCAAGCUCAAGGCUGAGUUUGUCAUCCUAAACCGCCUCAUAAAUAACGUUCAAAGGCGAGCCAAUGGAGGCUCGUAUAUGAGGACUGGCAGUGAGAGCAACAACAGUGCGGCAAAAGGUGGGAGACAUACCAGAAUUUGGCACAAAAGGCCACCGUUGAACCCGAUCGAGGAUCCCCCACUGGAGUUGGGUCAUUGGAACGGCGAGAACGAGUUCAGAUUGCACAGUAGAGGGAGCCAGGCUCCAAUUCUAUCUCCUUCCAGGUGA